GAUUCACAGAUAUAGAUAAAUACGACGAAGCAGGAAUUUCAAUGCAUAUUUUGAUAAUGCAAAUCAAAAAAAAAAAAUCAGAGGUUGUGGAGGGGGGUUGGGGGUGUCCUGCAACUCCAUGUGAAUGGUUGCACAACUUGAGAGCUUGUUACACCAAAAUCGUAUAUAUGGGUAACAAAAAGAAAUCCCUGGCACCACAAGACUGCCUAGAACCUGGAUCAAGCAAAAGACCCGGAGAACUGGACCGCUAUUUUUGGGACAAAGUGAUAGCUCUCACGUCCAGCAUAGAUGGCAGCAUGGCGGCACCGUCCAACGCCUCUGAUUCUCCUCCACGGAGCCCUGCGCUCUACAAGCAAUCUACAACCUCAAAGGACAUGGAGAUUCAAGAGAUUUUACAGACUCUUCUAGGUCAGACCUAG